UGUUCAACAAGCACCCGUCAACCAGAAGACUGUCUUCAAACCAGCAACUGCUGAAGGAAAUGGCUUCCCAAAUUGCAAAGACCACCAAGGAUCUGACCACUUCUGCAGACAUGCAGAAAACUACCCAGAUGUUGAUGAAGUCAAAUGCAAACUGGGAGGAGUAUCUGGCUCCUGCUCCUCUCUCCAUCGCCAUCAUGGGGGAGUUGGUCUUCAUCUCUUCAGAAAUUGACUUCUCCAUUAACAAGAACCCCCCAAAAGAUGGAUUUAAGCACAUCAAGUACCCAGAUUCCUUCAGGGCUUGUCUCAUGCAAGUCUGUAACUCAGGCUGGCAAGCUUUCAACAUCGCCCAUAAAAAUAUGAAUCAAAUCCGCAUUCAUACAGCCACUGUUCCAGACUACAUGAAAGCAGCAAUGAAAAUCCUCUUUCAGGGAGAUGAUGAAAUUGUUGAAGCUCUUCUCCCAGAUGAGCUAGACAACAUCCGCACGAUCGCAACUGAAUGUGUGGAUCUAGCAGAUGGAGUAGAAAAGAAAUAUCAGGAUGUCAUUGGUUUAAUCCAGGAGCUGCUGGAAGCCUGCCUCAAUGCUAAAAAAAAAUAUAAUGAAGAGCUGAACGAGGUUAGGAAUAAAAUGAAGGAAAAUAAAAUGAGGGAAAAGAGUGCAAAAGAACUAAAACUAAAAUAUGAAAAAAUAAUGGAAGACGCAUCAAAAAAGUUUGAAGACGCACAGAACCAAUACAAAAAAUCAAUGGACUCCCUUCCAACAGGGUGGGAAAUUUUUCAAAUGGAUAUGGCUGGGGUACUGGUGCAGUCAUUCAGUAAACUUCUUACUGGACUAACUUAUAAAAUCCCAGAGAAAAUCAAUAAAUUGAAGAUUCCUGGAGAGACCAAAGAAGAGGAGCCCCUCUCAGACAUAGAAAUCUACUGCAAAAUUUCGCAGAUUUUCUCUACUUUAUCAGCGCUCCAAUUUCACAUGGAUGAAAAAAAUAUUAAUUGGAAUGAGCUGUAUAGUCAGAAUAAAGGGCGCAUUAAAUCAGAAUAUUCAAAAGAAACAUUUGAAAGGGUCUCUAAAGAGAUAGAGGGCUUAGAGAAGAGCAAAGCCAAAGAUGAAGCUCUGUCUCUGUGCAAGAGAGGCAUCGCCAUCUGUGAACAGAUCGCAACGUAUUCUCCAGAAAAGACAUGGGAUGAAGAAACAACAAAAAAGCUGAUUGAGGACGUAGAGAAGCUGAAACAAGAUAUUCUGAAGUUUGACUGCGAGGGUAAGAAGAAGUGUAGUAUUCCAUCUACUGAUGCUCCACUUCCAAUGAUGCCCCAAACAGAGGGAAAUCAGUUUGUCGGCCAGGCUGUAGCAGGGAUCGCACAAUUCGAGAUUGAGCAGAGCCGAGAGCAGCUGAAGCAAUGCAGAGAAGAAUAUAACAAGUCUGUGGAGAGAAUGGAGAGAAACAAGAAAGAGCUAGACGACAUCCUGGUGGAGAUGCAGAACUGCAACUUUAAAAAGAUUGAGUUUGACACCGCGAUCAAAAUGCUGGUCAAAGGUAUGGAUGCCAUGGGCCGAGUGAAAGAGCAGUGGGAGAAGAUGGUGCUCUUCUUCCAGAUGGUGGCUGAUAUUCUGAAAAUCAGUCUUUCAAAAACCAUGAAACAUUUCGCACAGAAAAUUGGAAAUGUAAAAAAACUGUCCUACAAUUCCAGGCUCUUUAGCAAAGACCUGCUGUACAACCAGGCCCUUCAAGCUUCCAACAUCUCCAGUCUGGUCCAUAUGAUCUCUGGGACCUACUGUGAAGUGUCCAACAAACACCUGAUGGACAGUGUGAGCAGACUGGGUAGACUCAUGGCUAUGGACACAGACAAGACAGAGUUCCUCAAAGAGCGCCAAAACCUGAAGGACUCCUGCAAAGAAGCUCAAGAAAACAUCUUAAAACUGAUCCAAAACAACAAGAAAGAUUUUGAGAAAAACACAGAUACCAGACUUGCACAAAUUGAAGGUGGGCUGAAGGCCGUUCUCCCUGCUGACCCAGAGGAAACUAAAAGGAUCCAAGAAAUUGCUUGAGUCAGCAUUACAGCGGAAGACCUGGAUGAUUUUGUUUAAAAGGGGCAUACCAUGAUUUCCUUAAGCCUUUCAGGGUAAACUAUAUACACAUAUCUGAUCGCAUGUUACUUUUGGAACACUAAAAAUGAAAUUGUUUAUGAAAUAUUAGUUAUAUUUGAUGAUUAUUUUUCCUACCUGGAAGUAAAAUGACUCGAUUCCUGAAAGUCCGCCUGUCGCUGCGUGUGACCAUCGCUACACUGGUUCACAACACAAAUACUCUCAGCAUCUGCUGGACUGUGCCUGACCGGGCGCGUGUGGAGCAGAUUCUUCCUGGAGGGGGCGGUCUCACUCUGUGACAUCAGAUCGUGAGGACCUGCUUGUUUUCGUGGAUGUGGGAGGGGCUGCAGAGAGCACAGGCUUUUAGAGGAUUACUCAGAAAUGCAGGAACGGAUAAAAACACCGCUUUGGGGUUCUAUACAGUGAGAAAUUAACAGUAUAAAACACUUAAAAGCUCAAAAAGUUGUUUUUUUUUAUGAUAUGGCCCCUUUAAAUACAGUUUGAUGCAUAUUUCAUAAAAACCAAAGAGCAUAUAUUGAUCAUAUUAUCACUGGUAUUAAGGUGGAAGGGUUAAAAAUAGACAAUACUCUUUGUUUUUUUUUAUUUUAAUCUUUCAAUUUCUUUGUUAAUAUGCUGUUAAGCAGAUGUGGUUCCAUGUGUGUAUAUUUUUUAGACCAAAUAUCACAUUUUGUUCUUCAAAGUGAAGCAGACAAACAUUUACAGCUUUAAAAUAAAAAUAUGUAAACUUAGAUUGAUGGUGGUGUGUCUGAAUGCUGAUGAAAAAGUUUUCAGAUGGAAAAGAAUUGUUGUGAAACACCAGAGAUUUACUUUAUUUUCUGAUGAAAUACCUAUGAUUUGACGUAAUACAUUGAAAGAGAAUUUUGAAACAUGACUGCUUCCAAAUAAUUAUAUCCACACAAUAAAAGAUUGA